AUGGAGGACCUUGGAAUUAAAAAUGAAACCAUUGUGGGCACAUUGAUACUCCUGGGCUUUGACGAUCUCCAUGAUCUGCAGAUUUUCCUCUUUCCCCUCUUCUUCAUGGUGUAUCUAGUGACCACGGUGGGGAAUAUCCUCAUUAUAAUCACAGUAUCAGCUGAUCGGAGUCUUCACACUCCUAUGUACUUCUUCCUGGGUAACCUCUCCUUCCUGGAGAUCCUGUACACCUCUAACAUUGCCCCCAGGAUGCUUGUGGACUUACUGAGACAGGACAAAUGUAUUGCCUUUACCGGCUGUAUCACACAGUUAUAUGUCUUCUGUGAAUUAGGGACUUUUGAAUGUUUUCUCCUGAUGCUCAUGUCUUAUGAUCGGUACCUGGCCAUUUGUCAGCCUCUGCACUAUGCAGACUCAAUGAACUGGAAUCUUUGCAUUAAGCUGGCUGCUGGCACGUGGGUUUGGGGAUUUCUGUUGGCUGAUGUGUUGCAAUUGCUUCUGGCAAAAUCUUUAACUCUUUGUGGCCCUAAUGAAAUUGACCAUUUCUUUUGUGACUUGACGCCAUUGCUGAAAUUGUCCUGUUCUGACACCUACAUGGGGUGGAAGUAG